GGACUGCGCAGGACAUCGCAGGCGCCAGAACCUUCCGACCGGGCUAUGGCGGCCGCUCCGGGCGCCCGACUCCUGCGCGCUGCCUGUGCCUCCAUCGCUUUCCGUGUCCUGGACAGCCGCUGGCUGCUGGUCUGUGGGCUCCGCGCGGGAACUGCGGUCCCUCAGUGGACCCCGAGUCCGGGCGUGCUCGCAGAGGCGGGACGGGGGCGGCCGCUGAGCGUGUCUGCACGCGCGUGGAGCAGCUCAGAAGAUAAAAUAACAGUCCACUUCAAAAACCGUGAUGGCGAAACACUAACGACCAAGGGAAAAAUCGGUGACUCUCUGCUAGAUGUUGUGGUUGAAAAUAAUCUAGAUAUUGAUGGUUUUGGUGUUUGUGAGGGAACUUUGGCUUGCUCUACCUGUCACCUUAUCUUUGAGGAUCAUAUAUAUGAGAAGCUAGAUGCCAUCACUGAUGAGGAGAAUGACAUGCUUGACCUGGCUUAUGGACUAACAGACAGGUCACGGUUGGGCUGCCAAGUCUGUCUGACCAAAGCUAUGGACAAUAUGACUGUUCGUGUGCCUGAGGCAGUGGCAGAUGUCAGACAGUCUAUUGACAUGAGCAAGAAUUCCUAAGAUACAA